CCCACAGAUACCAUCCAGAGAAUGGCCACAAGAAAUUAUUCCACAGUGACUGACUUUAUCCUCGCAGGAUUAACAGACCAGCCAAAGCUCAAGCUGCUCCUCUUUUUCUUAUUCCUGUGCAUCUAUGUGGCCACUGUUGUGGGAAACUUGGGCAUGAUCACACUGAUUGGGUUAAGUUCCCACCUUCACACACCCAUGUACUAUUUACUCAGUUGUUUGUCCUUCAUUGAUCUUUGUCACUCCACUGUCAUCACUCCCAAAAUGCUUGUUAACUUUAUGUCAGAGAAGAACGGCAUUUCCUACAAUGAGUGCAUGACUCAACUCUAUUUCUUUAUCAUUUUCAUUGUUUGUGAGUGUCAUUUGUUGACAGUGAUGGCAUAUGACCGUUAUGUUGCUAUCUGUAGCCCUCUGUUAUAUAAUGUCAUUAUGUCCUAUCAGGUCUGCUCAUGGCUAUUGGGUGGAGUGAGCAUAAUAGGCUUGGUGGCUGCCACUGCUCAGACAGGCUGCAUACUCAGAUCAUUCUUCUGUAAAGACAACAUCAUCAAUCAUUACUUCUGCGAUCUCAAUCCCCUUUUAGAGCUUUCCUGUUAUAGUACCUAUGCCUGUGAAGUGGUCAUACUAUUCUUUGGUGUAAUUAACAUCAUCUUCCCAAUUCUAACCAUCCUUAGUUCUUAUUUGUUCAUAAUUGCCAGCAUCCUUCGUAUCCAAUCAACUGAAGGAAGAUUUAAGGCCUUCAGUACCUGUAGUUCCCACAUAGUUGCCGUUUCUAUCUUCUAUGGUUCAGCAGCAUUCAUGUACCUUCAACCCUCUUCAGUUAGUUCCAUGGACCAAGGGAAAGUGUCCUCUGUGUUUUAUACUAUUCUUGUGCCCAUGCUAAACCCUCUGAUCUAUAGCCUGAGGAAUAAAGAUGUCAAGGUAGCACUAAUAAAAAUCUUGGAGAGAAAAAAAUUCUGA